GCGCGGUGCUACGGCAUGCAGCACCGGCGCCCGCGGAACGGCCUGAGCAACGGGCAGACGACUGCACCGGCCGCACCGGCCGCACCGGCAGCCGCGCCCACCGCCACGCCCACCCCCGCCGCCCUCAAGCGCAGCCCCAAAGACUUCAUCUUCGGGAAGGCCAUCGGCGAGGGAAGCUUCUCCAUGGUCUACCUUGCCAAAGAUAUACAUACCAACAAAGAGUAUGCAAUCAAAGUGUGUGAUAAGAGGCACAUAAUCCGCGAGAAAAAGACUGAAUACAUAAAGAGAGAAAAGGAAGUCCUGAAUCGCCUGGGUGCAAACCAGAGCGCUGCGGCCCCUUUCUUUGUGAAGCUCUUCUGCACGUUUCAAGAUGCAGAUAGGCUGUACUUCGUCCUGUCCUAUGCCAAAAGAGGAGAACUGUUACCAUAUAUCAAUAAAGUAGGAUCAUUUGAUAUAGAAUGUACUAGAUUUUAUGCGGCCGAAAUUCUGGUUGCACUAGGACAUUUGCAUAACUUAGGAAUAAUUCACAGGGACCUUAAACCAGAGAACAUUCUUUUAGAUGAAAAUAUGCAUAUUCUCAUCACAGACUUUGGCUCUGCAAAAAUGUUUAGUGAAGAAGAGAAAGAGUCUGAAGAAGAGAAUUCCAUGCGACAAAGGAGGAACAGUUUUGUUGGAACAGCUCAGUAUGUGUCACCUGAGUUACUAAGGGACAAGUCAGCCUCCCAUUCAUCAGAUCUGUGGGCCCUUGGCUGUAUAAUUUAUCAAAUGGUUGCUGGGCUUCCUCCAUUUUGGGCAAGAUCAGAGUAUAUCAUUUUCCAAAAAAUUUUGAAGUUGGAAUAUGAGUUUCCUGAUGGUUUCUCUCCAAGUGCCAGAGACCUUGUAGAAAAGUUAUUGGUUAUAGACCCUAAGCAAAGAUUAGGAGCAAAUGACUGCCCUGGUGAAGGGUAUCCAUCAGUACGUGCCCAUCCAUUUUUCCAAGGAAUAGACUUUAAAACACUUAGCGAAACCAAUCCUCCGCCUAUUUAUCCAUACUUGCCUGGAACAUCUCAACAUGAAGAAAUGAGAAGUCAUUACAGGGUACCUGAUCAUCUGGAGCCUGGUCUUGAUGAUAAGCAGUUAACAAGAUUACUUGGACUGGAGCUUCAAAAUAGCAGCAGUAACAGUGAACCAGAGCCUCAGAAACCCCCUGAGCCUAUUAUUCCCCCAGUGGUUCCUGAGCCCCAGAGAAAAAUUAGUCAUGAAAGAAAAAUUAGUGUCACUGCAAGGCGAAGACAUAUUUCAAUACUGGAACUGUCUCCAGAGGAAAUUGCAGAGAGAUUAGAAAAACAAAUUAGAGAAAAUCAGUGGCAUCAGUUCACAGAAAAUAAUUUAAUAAUUAAGCAAGGACUUGUUGACAAACGAAAAGGUUUGUUUGCCCGUCGAAGAAUGCUACUCCUCACCCAGGGUCCUCACAUGUACUAUGUUGAUCCCGUCAAUAUGGUACUAAAGGGUGAAAUUCCCUGGAGUCAGCAGCUUAGAGUAGAACCAAAAAAUUUCAAAAUCUUCUUUGUGCACACGCCUAAUCGAACAUAUUACCUUGAAGAUCCAGAAGGUUAUGCACUUGAAUGGUGCAAAGCAAUAGAAGAAAUGCGAAUCAAUACCUAUGGUGUAGAUUGAUAUAAGGUAUUGAGUAGCAAAACCUCCUUAGGAAAAUUUUGUUGCCAACAGUUCUCUAUGAAUAUAUUACAUAUGAUCAUUUUGGACUGUUUUCAUGAGUGAUAUUUUAUUGCAAUAGGCAAGUCAAAUCCUAUGUAUUUCUCUCAGAAGUAAUAAUCUAUUGUUUAGAUAGUUGACUUCAAAGAUAAACUUUGUGGUCCUAAUCCUGAAAAAUUUAUCAGCUGAGGUGGAGAUGAUUUCCUUAUGUACUUAUGUAGUUCUUUUUUCUGCUGUCAUGUAUACUAUAGUUUUUGUUUUUAACUGCUCUGUGUGAAUGGACAGCGUCAAGCGUGUUGCAGAAGUAAAUUAAUUGUGUGAAUGAUCUGUUUGUGAAUAUUGUGUGAAAGGGAGCAAAUUUACUAAGUACUGUGUGUCUGAAUAGACACUAAGAUAUGUAUCCUAGAGAAAUUUACUGAAUUUUGACGUGUAGUACCCUCUUGUGAGGAUAAUCAGUGAUUAUUCAUGUAUACAAGACUGCAUUGUUUAACUGCCCAGAUUAGGUAGAAGAAAUAACAUACCAAUCCUUCUCCUAGUUUGAAUGAAUCAAUAUAUUCAUGUAUUGAGCAAGAGCAGUGGUUUUGCUGCAGAGUUUGUUGCCCCUCCCUGAUUUUUAAAAGACCAAUGCAAAGUUACUAGCCAAUUGAUGUCAGUAUUAUUAAAAUAUUUUGUCAGUAAAUGUUAUUGUUAAUUUGCCAUGUAUUUGCAUUGUUGUAUGUUUAUUUAUUUCCUUCAUUGUAACUUGAUCAAUAAUUUAUUCAGGUUAAAAUUAUUAACAUAUUUGCUUAUUUUGUGCUGUUACCAUAAUAUUAGUAGCUGCUACACCUGUUUGUGUGGCUUGUAAUAAAUCAAUUAUGUAUCUGUUAUUCAUAAAGAAAAAUUUGAUUAAAUGCAUAAUUGGUAGAUGUUACAUUAUAACAGAAAAACAA